AUGAGAUGCCUUUAUUUAUCCAGUCUUACUCCCAUAACCACAGAUACAACUAAAAUCAGUGGCAGCGUUAUCAUCAUGGCUCGUUUCUACAUGGCAUUUAUGAUCAUUGCGUGCUGGGUGUCCCCACUGAUACUUGCGAGUCCAAUUGCAGUCGAGAAUCGAGGGCUUGAUGUAGCCAAUGCUAUUGUGGCAAGAGAUAAUGAUUGUUCCUUCCCUCGUCGCCGUCAGGAUGACUCCACUUGCAGUUGA